AUGAAUUUGCUGGAAUCAAUGCAUCACAACGAGAUCACCAAGAACCAGGGCGCUUGCCACGCCGCCAUCAGCGCCUGUCAGUGCUGGACCUUGGGUGUCUCCCUGCUGAAGGCCAUGCGACAGAUGCAGCUGCAGCUGGAGGAAGCUUGGCUGAUGAGGAGGUCACAAGCUACAGAAGCUUGGCUACAGAUGUGCAACACUGCAGCAGCUUACCUCAGUUCUUUGGAGAACUGGGCCUUGUCACUUCAGACCUUUCAGGACUUGAAAUGCCAUACCCUGGAAGCGGAUGACUUUUGCCACAGCAUUGCCAUCAGCACUUGCCGGCGGAACUGGCAAAGUUCCUUGCAGUUCCUCUGUGGUGCUGGAGGGAGUAGCGCCAACGUGGCAUGUGUCAAUGCAGGCAUCGCUGCCCUGAACGAAGCGGGGAGAUGGCAGAGUGCCACGGCAAUGAUGGAGGCUUUCUACAUCUCCGCAUUACAGAUUGAUGUCAUCACAUUCGGCUCCCUGCUGAAAAGAUCUGAGUGCCCAACGUGGACUUGGUCCUUGAAUCUCUUGCAGACAAUGGAGCAGCUGCGCUGCGAAGCCAACACCAUCACGCUGAAUGCGGCCAUCAAUUCUUGUGAGGAAGCAGGGGCAUGGCAAGUCGCGCUCCACAUCAUGGACCAAACCGUUCGCAUCCCAAGUUUGAUCACCUGGAAUUCAUGCCUCAGCAGUUGUGCGAAAGCGGAGCAGUGGAACACCGUGUUGGCGCUCAUGGAUUCCAUGGUCACGGCGCACUUCCAACCAGACAUCAUCACCUUCAACGCUGCGAUGCGUGCCAUGCUGAGGCACUGGCCCAAGGCAUUGCAGUUGCUGCGCCUGAUGCGGCGCUCCGAGCUCCGCCCCACCUUAAUCACCUAUGGAGCUCUGAUUACAUGCUGCGAGAAAGGGCGGCAAUGGCAGAAAGCAUUGGGACUUCUACAGGCCUUGAAACAGCAGCGCCUUUCGGUGGAUGUCAUUUCGUACAGCGCUUGCAUCAGCGCCGGCGAGAAGGCGCGCAGGAGCCACGUGGCGCUGGAACUUCUGGAAGAGAUGAGAGCUGCGAAACUUCGAGCCGAUGGGAUUUCUUGCAACGCAGUCUUGAGCUCGUGCGAGAAGAGCGGCGAUUGGCACAUGGCUUUGAGUGUGUUGGAGAAGACCCAUGGUGAGGUUCCCAUGAUGUCUGGCAGCUUCAACGCCUGCAUCAGCUCACUCAGUACCAUUUCUGCUUGGUUCAGGGCCUUGAGCAUCUUCUCAUCCAUGGGCAAGUUGCAGCUGCAGCCCGAUGACAUCAGCUAUAAUGCCGCCAUCACCAGCACUUCGCGCAGUGGACAGUGGUCCGUGGCACUGAGUUUCUUCGACGUGAUGCCAUCCAAGGAUCCAGUCACUUUUGGAGCAACCGUUUCUUCAUGUCCAAAGGGACGCUGGACAUUGCCACUGGCACUGCUGAAGCAUUUGGACGAACUCACAUUGACUUCGAAUCGAAUCAGUCACAACGCCGCGGUGGAGAAAUGCAGAGAUGGUUUAAUGUGGAAAGAAGUGCUAGCAUUGGUGAAGGACAUGUCUUCCAUGCGACUUCUCGACACUACCACCAUGCUCUCCACUGUUGCAGUCAUGGAGUGCUGCGACAAGCCUGUGGUGGCAGCAACUGUUUUGGGAUCCCUUGAGCAGCACUUGCAGCAGAUUUUAUGGGCACCUGAAUGGCCCUAGCCGUGCUCGCGGGGCCUGGUGGCUCCUGAAUUCGGGGAAGCUUCGUGACGAAACUCGUGACCUUACGAGCUACGAACUGAGCGUCGGGAAAA